UGACCACGCGGUCGUAUGGUCAUCACUCUGCGUACGAUGGUUCGUCCGUGGAUGGUCGCGCUCCUGAUGCUGCUUACGGACCGGGAUCGAUCGUUCAGCCAUGGGUCGGCUGCUCACGUCGUCGGAGUCGCGCCCGCAACCACCGACGAAGACGUUGACGUCGAUGCCGCUUCGAUCAAUGCCACCGAAAUUGCAUCAGUCGGGUGUAAUUAUAAAGGACGAAGUUAUGAUCCAGGAUCAUUGGUUAAUACAGACCAACCAUGCUUAAAAUGCACGUGUGUCACCGGAAGUUUAGUAUGCCAUUUGCAAGUAUGUCCAGAAUUACCAGAUCCGCCACCACCGGGAUGUGUGAUUGUCCACAAGAAGAACAAAUGUUGUGCGCACCUUCAAUGUUACUAUGAACAAUUUGAUGCUGUUCAUGCCAAACUAUUUUCAUUGCAAAAUCGGUCUGGACCCGCGAGGAUGGACAAUUCUGCAAUUGUGACAUUUGAUGGUUUACCUAAAGGAUGUGUGAUAAACGGUACGAUUUACGCGGAAGGUUCGGCGAUGGAUAGUUCCAGUCUGUGUGAAUAUUGUUACUGCAUCAAAGGCCAUCAACAGUGUGUACGGCCUCAAUGUUCUUUAACUAUUCCAGGCUGUACAGCUGUAUACAAAAAACACACUUGUUGCCCAAUUAGAUACAAAUGUUCACCGUUACAAAAUGCACAAAUAAAAAAUACAACGGAUGCGACAACCACUGAAAUGACUUCCUCUUUAUCUGCUCGGCUUAAAGAUUGUCGCAUAAACGGUCGGCUGAUAUCGCUGGGAGAGCCCGUGAUUGGCGUGGCGCGGUCGUCGUGCGAAACUUGUUUCUGCAUCAACGGUCAGGUGCGAUGUGACAAGGUGAUAUGUCCGCCAAUCCGCGCCCAAAUAUCGCCCAAUUGCGGACCGGUCUACUCGGAAGGGCACUGCUGUCCUACGAGCUACAACUGCAGCAGCACAACUAGCAACAACGAAUCUCACAUCAGUCCAACUGUCACUCCCACGACAACGACUUCUAUUGGUGUUGUUGCGACAAUGUUAUCGUCCACCGUGACUGUUGAUGAUGCUGUCCUGCUCAGUAGUUCGUCAUCGCCUUCGCCACUGCAAACGCCUACGGUGGCCCAGAUGUUGUUAGAUACAGAUAGUGCAUCAUCCAGUAUCACAGUAGAUUCAAAGAAUACGACCGAUCAAAUUACAGAAGAACCCAUAGAAUCGAGGCAUGGUAAUCCUGAUAGUUUAAUGCAUGAUGACUUUGGUAGAUUGAAUGUCACUGAAAAAUCAAACAACUUUGAAAUGGAUUAUGAUGAUCCAACGUUGCCGCCAUCUUUACCAAAUCUCAAAAUCAUACCAUUCGUUGCAGCGGAUGCAGUUGUUGAUGAACCUGUUGCAGCUUAUGAAAAUUAUCAACCGAUGGUAGAACGUGUAUACAAUGUAUCAGAUGUCGAAGAACCUCCUUUGCCCGUUGUUAAUAGUUUUUCUCCACCCAUUGAGACUGAAGGCGGAUUCGUUCCAAAAGAUUCUCCAAAUGGUGCGAUUUAUACACCUGACAAAUUUCGAAAGACAACAGAACAACCUACUAUUCAUCACGAUGAACCUAUUGUAGAGCACCAACCAAUAAGACCAGUUUGGUGCAUAUCCAAUGGUAAGAAGUACAAACAUGGCGAGUUGCUGACCGAUCCAAGUGCUUGCAACAUAUGCAUUUGUUUUAACGCCAAAAUUGUAUGCCAAGAAAAUUGUCCAGCCGUAAAAGUAGGCUGCCAACGAAUCAAUGACCCGAACAAUAGCACUUGCUGUGGCCGUAUCGUAUGCGAUGAAUAUGAAAAUGAUAUAACUACGGAACACAUGAAGCAAAUAGAAGUAACAUCUGAAACAACUACAACUACAACCACAAUGGAUAUUAGAGAUGCAGUUAUUGAACAUAUUUUUUAUUCUACACCACCGACUGAAAAAUUAGUUAUAACUUCAUCGCUAACCACUCUAAAGUCAUUCCACAUGUCUCCUGAAACGACUUCGUUAAAACCGACCACGUCCACUGUUAAGUUGAUUGAAACUUUAGCCCCAACCACUGAAAAAUCAUCGGUCAUUUCUUCAACUAUAGCAACUAUAAAGCGCACAGAAUCCACAACAUCUGCACCUAAACCACUUGAGGACGAAGAUUAUAGUUUUGAAAGUAUGUUUUCAUUUUUAUUCAACGGUGAUACACCUGAACAAUCAUCAUCCCCGCCUUCAUUGUCUUCUCCCACAAAUAACAUGGAAUCAGAGACUCGCAUUGAGCAUCGUACAGAUGACGAAAUUGAUGAGAAAGUUCAUUUGAUUGACACUAAACAUGAACACACCGACUUAAUGUCACUCCACAAACCACAGCACAAACCUAUUCUGAACUCAGAUACUGAAAUGCACUCAGAAGAUAAACAUAACAAAGUCGAACCCCAGGAAGUAUAUAAACCUAUAGAAUCUAGACCAAAUACUGAAAUAAAGCAACACGAUAACGACAAACCUAAUUCCGAGACUAAGUAUUUCAUCGAUAACAAGCCAUCACAAUCAGGAAUCAAGCAACACGUUGACGUUAAAUCACAUCAAGAAAUUAAACCAGAUGCCACCUCAUCUGGUAUUAAACAGCAAGCUGAGGUUAAAACACAUUUUGAUGUUAAAGAAAAUGUUCAGGUUACGUCACCAUUCAAUUUAAAGCCUUAUGAUGAAGUAAAUCCAUCAUACCACGAUUUUAGUAACCAUCAAACUGAAGUAAAAUCACAUUUUAGUGUGAAAGAUAACCCUGAACUCAAAACACAUACCGAUUCAAAGUUUCAAUCCGAUGACAAAAUGUAUGCCGAUUUCAAACAUCAAAGUGAUAUAAAUACACACUUUGACGUUAAGAAGCAAGACGAAGUCAAACCGUAUUUCGAUUUUAAACAACAGACAGAAAUUAAGCAGCAUUCCAAUUUUAAGCAACAGGUAGAUCUCGGUUUGCAAUCUGAAUUCAAGCAGCAUACCGAAGUAAAACCAAAUAUUGUGGCAGCACCACUGAAAACUAAGGUUGACUCUGAAUUUAAUUUAUUGGCUUCCAUGCUGAAGAUAUCUGGUUGCAAUAUAUAUGGCCGUAUGUAUCGAGUAGGAAAAAUAAUUUCCGAACUCUCCAACCCAUGUUUAGAAUGUAUGUGUACAGAAAUCGGAGUACAUUGUAAUCAAUUGAAAUGUUGAUAUAGGCUGGAGGUCAAAGCGUACAGUAAAUCAAAAGAAUUAUAUUGGUCAUAAACUCAUAAAUAAUACAAAUGCAAAGAAGUAUUUAUGCGAUUUUAAUCAUACCUAUCCAAUUUUCACCAUGUAUCAUUUGCCACCAUUUUUAUAGCAUAAAUAUAAUUUCUAUUUGUAUAAAAAUUGGUAAUUGAUAACAUUAGAAGAUGCAUAAAUAAUUGUUAAGUUUUGUUUUGUAUAACAAAACAAAAUAAGUUAAAUUAUUCAAACGUAAUAUGUGUUUGAAGUUUUGACGGUUUCGGUGUAAUAAAAUAGAUCGAUAGCCUGUAAACAUUGUGAUCUCUUGUCAAUUAAUCAAAUAUUUAUAAAUAGAUACAUUUAAAUAUUAUGCAUAAGAACAUGUUAAGAAUCGUGACAUUUUUAAUUUUAUCAUCGAUUUAAAUUAAAAAUAUAUAUAAUCAGUUAUACAU